AUGUCUAGUUGUAUGGAUAAGGAGAAUAAGCGUGUUUCGGACAUGACUGUUGCUGAACUAAAGGAGCAUUUGAAAAUGUGUGGCGUUACUGCAAACGGCUAUUUAAAACCUGCUUUACUUCAAAUUGCUCAAGCAGUGGAGAAAAUGAUGUUGCCGAUUGACCCAAAUCAUGAAUAUGGAAAUUCGGAUCUCAAGAAUGCAAGAGAAACAUUUAUUAUUCAUGAUAUGGUGAUACGUCAGCCAUUGUCAUAUCCAGUUGUGAACGACUUUAUAGAUUCGCCACCCUUCGGUUUGUACGAUAUUUUUAACUAUUUAAUAUACAGCUCAGCUGAGUAUGAUAAACAGGGACUUGCCGCAUAUAAAUCAUUCGAAGAUUAUAGAUUGUUUGAUGAAGGCUAUGUGGAGUCAUUGAGAACCGCAACACUAAAGGAAGAGGGUGUGCAUCUGUUUGUUGGAAAAGUACGGCCGGCUAUGAAAGAUACGACGGACGAUGGAACAAAACUGUACGAUGUCUGGUUUAUGUUAGAAGGAAAAGGCAACAAUCGAGGUAGCGUAUUAAUGGCUAGAUGUACAUGUAAAGGCGGGCAAGAUGGAGGCUGCAAGCACAUCGCAGCCUGUUUGUAUUCGCUGGAGGAUGUACUGCAUAAUCGCGAGAGUGUAACAUCUGGUCCAUGCCAGUGGGUUAAACGAGCGACAUCAGAAACCAAACCGUGCGAAAUUAAAAAGUUGCAAAUACGGAGAUCCGACAAAAGACCGAGUCCGAGUGAAGUGAAAUGAAAAUACCAUUAAUAAUUGCACCAGCCCCCCCCUCUAAUAAAUGACCGGUCCCUAACAGUGUACACUCCUGUAUUAUUAUCAUUUAAAAUUGUCUGUCAUAUAAUGUUAUGUUUAAGGUGCAUUGUAGUAAUGUUGGUUGAUGUAUCAUUAUGAUAAUCAUAUGAUUAUAAUGCACCCUGACAAACCCUGCUCUUUUUUGGUCAGACAUUUUUAAGUGUAAAAGCUAGCCAGUUGGUAAGGGGUAGGGGGGAGGGAGUAUAGAUGAACAAACAAAAUUUGUCAUGAAAAAUAUGUCACAAAAUUGAUUAAUCUGUCACAUGAAAAGACCCCUAUUGAAAAAAUUAUAAUAUCUACUUUUUAGUUGCUAAAAGCACAAACACAACAUCGUCUGAUCAUGGAAUUCUGAAAGAAAAGCUUCUUGAAUAUCACAGAGAGUAUAGCUUACACAAAAUUUCUGCUGAGCAUCUUCUUGCUAAUAUCUCAUUCAAUGAUGAAGAAAUGGAAAAUGUUAGCACGUGCACAGUUCAACAAUGGAAAAUCAAGGAAUGGUAUGUCCACAAAGGUGGCAUUAUUACUGCUUCAAAAGCAAAGAGAGUUUUUAAUGCACAGCUUAAGUUGGAAAAGGGUUUAAAAUGUAAUGUUUUAAAUCUUGUAAAAGAUAUCACCUCUCCAAAAUGCACAUUUAGACCUUCCCAAAGGAUUCAUGUAUCCCCCAGAAUCCAAGAGAAUGGGGUUUAGUUCAUGAAGAUUCAGCAAGAGAUUCUUAUUACAGGGUGGAGAGUAAGAAGCACUAUAAUCUCAGUCUUCUUUCUAAAGGACUUCAGAUUUGCAAGGACAAGCCGAUGAUAGGUGCAAGUGUGGACAAUAUACGUACAUGCAAGUGCAAUGUUGAUUGUCAAGACAUUGUUGUAGAAUACAAAUGUCCUUGGAAACAUAGAGAUCAACCUCCCAAAGAAGCUUUCUUAACCCCAGAGAUUGGUGGGACUGUUAUUAAAAGAGAUUAUGUACUAAAAAAAGACUGCACCCUACUAUUACCAAGUACAGGUUCAAAUGUUUGUCACUGGGCUCAGCUUUUGUGACUUUGUAGUGUGGACAAAAAAAAGGGAUUUUUGUGACAUCAAUAUUAUUUGAUAAAGAAUUCAUGACUUCUUUGUGGAAGAAGGUGGAAAGCUUUUGGUAUGGACUGCUAUGGAUGAGUUGACAAAUAACGAUUCUGCACCCAAUAAAACUGCUGGUAAGCGCUUUUGUUUUUUAUCACUCUUCUCAAAAAAAAACUACAAUCAUUAACUUUGUUGUUGAAACAGUUCUCUAAAAAGGCAUACAGACCCCUCCCAUCCCUUUUCAAUGUUGCGGUAUUUAAAUACUCGAGAUACACAUGGUUGCGAAGGCUGAUACAUUACAGAGCUUUCGCAGGCUACAAACAACAUUGAAACGGAGGGAAGGAGGCAUAUUUUGAAGUUUAUUCGUCUUUAUAGUCGCGUUUAGUCAUAAGCAUUGACAUGAUUGUAGAUAUAUUUCUAAAUUAUUGCUGCUUCACAGGCAUGUCAGACGUCAAUCAACCCUCACAGAUAUAGUUAAAUAUGUAAUAAAAUGCACCAACAGUGUUGUUCAUUUUGUCUUUAUUAUAUUUUAGUACAUGUGGAUAUUUCAAAAGAUGAGCCUGUCACAUUGCCAAAAAGUGCAACCAAAGAAUUACGGAGCGUAACUGUCAUGAAUGUUGACAUUUAUGAGACCUGCAUAAGGAAAUUGGAACCAAGGCAAAUGAUAACAUUAUUAAUAUGCUGUUAAAGUAAGUGCUACUUUUGCAAAACAAGUAGGUCAUACUAAGUGUAAAUGCUACAUGUGAGAAUAUUUUCCAUUAUAAAGAUUUCAAGGAUUGCAAAAUUCCAUUUGUGAGCACAUAUUUUUAUACUGCUCUAUGUGGAGAACAAGGUUCCAAUACAUUGAGGUAGAUGUCUAGUUAAUUCAAAUUUAUUAUCUACUGUAUAUUACAAUGAAAGACAACAUUGGAAGUAUUUAAGGUUUUUAGUGAUUUUGAUGCAUUGUAAAUAUCAUUAACUGGUGCUGUCUGCGCCAAUCCAAAAUUACAAAAUAGGGUUGGGCCUCUGUUUCUUGAAGAAUCAGGUAAGAAGUUUUUGAAAUCUGUUUUGAUUAUUCAAACUUUUACCAUUAUAGGCGGUGCUACAAGAAUGCAGAAGUGUUCUUUAAACCAGAGUUAUGGACAAAUGAUUUUUUAUUCAUACCAAUAAACAGAAGGUAAUAUAAAUUAAAUAAUGUAUGUGUACCAACAAUGAUGCCCUUCCCUUUCCCUAUUAGUUUUGCAACAAGGUACAUAUUGGUUAAAUUGUAUAAUAUUUUGUGUUUCAGUUACCAUUGGCUAUUGGCUGUCAUCACUCCAUGGUAAGAAUCAAAAGUUUAAAACAAACAUCUUAAACAUUUCAUGCCCAACGUUAAGUUAAAAUUUGAGAAAAAAUGAUUUUUUGUAGGCAUGUCCUCAUAAUGGAUUCUUUAACUUGGGAUAUUGGAAGUAGGAGAAAGGAGUUUAGUCUCCUUUUCAGGUAAGAUGCAUUUGUAUUAUGAUUUAGACAUUUGUAUCAAAAUCAGCAGACCUGCCAAGUCUCACGAUUUUUUACGCUUUCUCACGAUUAAGUCCCCAAAUCUCAAAAAUUUUCGGGCAAAAUCUCUGCUAAAACCACAAAUGAUUCUAAACACCUGUGGAAAAAAGAAAUACAUGCUAUUAUUUCAUGAUACUUGACACUGGAAACUACUGAAGCCAUAAAAAAAACCAGCUUAUUUUUAAUAAGCCUUGCAAUAUGGUUAUAUUAACAAAAUAUAAAUGCAUACUAUCUUAAGAUUGAAUACCUAUUGAUUAUUUUCUAGUGUUGUUAAAGUGAACCCUGGUCAUAUUAAUGAGCAAACCUAAAAAUUUCUAAGUCUCGCGAUUUUUCGGUCAAUCUCACAACUUUUUAGAUAGCAACUCACUAUUUCUGCUACUCAGGGGUUGGCAGGUCUGAAAAUGUGUUUUGUUACAAAGUUAUUUUACAAAGUUGUUUUUUUAUUCUAUAUAGAUUCUUUGAGCAUUUGUGCAAAAAAAAACGCUUUGCUAUGGUGGCCCAUCGUUCUCGUUGAAAAAACACAAGAUGAAAGGAACAUUAUGUAAAAAAAAAUCAAAAUAAAAAAAAAUAAUAAAAAAAAUAAUAAAAAUAAUAAAAAAAUAAUAAAAAAAUUAAAAUAAAAAAAAAAUUAUAAAAAAAUAAUAAAAAAAUUAAAAUAAAAAAAAAUAAUUAAAAAAAAAUUUAAAGGACAAUGGCAAUAAAUUUUUUUAUUCCUGAUAUUGGUAAAACUGGACCCCCUGAUUACGAAUAUGCCAUUAGUUUUCAUCAAAAAUGUUUUGUUCUCGAGUUAUUUCACCAUAAAUAUUCAGUACGUCCGCCAUCUUGGAUCGAUUUUCAAAAAAAUUAUCUUUUGGGUCACAUGACGUGUGUGACGUCAAGAGCAGGGUAGAAUCAAAACAACAAAUAUAUUUUAUUAGGCGCAUAUUGCGACUUCGUACUUCUAGUGAGAAAUUUGGCGCUUUUUGAUCACUCGGAUGGAAAAUAUCCACGAUAUCAAGUAGAUAAGGUAUUACCUUAUCAAUUUGAACCUAAACUGGGCUUACAAACAAGCGAUAGCGGUGACGAGAGCGACUCCGAAGAACAGAGUGAAUCGUCUGACGAGGAAAUCACGAUGUGUAAUGUGUUUGAG